GCGAGCGCGCAGGCGCACAUGCUUUGGAACGACCCACGGAGCUGAGGAUUUCACAUAACAUUAUGGGCCGCAAGAAGGUUGCUCGCGGGUCCAAGACAGAGGGCGGUCGUGUUCGGCGACCCCCUGGCCGCUCUCUGGAUGCUUUCGCUGAGGAGGUGGGCGCUGCGCUGCGCGCAUCGGUGCAGACUGAAGAGGCCGAGAACCAGAGUGGCCCGGACCCUGCGGCGCUGCCUUGUGCCUUGGCUAUGUGGGAGCUUGGCCACUGUGACCCCAAGCGCUGCACGGGCCGCAAACUGGCCCGUCUGGGUCUUGUGCGCUGCCUGCGCCUGAGCCAAAGAUUUGGCGGUCUGGUGCUCAGCCCAGUAGGCACUCAGUACGUGUCUCCGGCAGACAGACAACUGGUGGCACAGUCAGGGAUCGCUGUCAUAGACUGCUCUUGGGCCAAAUUGGAUGAGACACCCUUUGGAAAGAUGCGAGGGAGCCACUUGCGGCUCCUACCUUACCUCGUAGCUGCGAACCCUGUCAACUAUGGCCGGCCCUGCAAACUUUCCUGUGUGGAAGCUUUCGCUGCUGCCUUCUGCAUUGCUUUUCAGACCUUGCUGUCAUUUUGCUUCGGAAGUUUAAGUGGGGCAAGGGCUUCUUGGACCUGAACCGACAGCUUCUGGAUAAGUACGCUGCCUGCUGUGGCCCAGAGGAGGUGCUAGAGGCUGAACAGGGGUACUUGGCUAGCACCAAGGACACCCCUGAGGAGGAGAACAUCGGUGAGGCCUGGCAUGCAAUCAUGGCACACCAGGGCCUUGGGAGCCUAGAGCCACUGGUUUGGCUCUGCCCUGAAAUCACUUAGAAGUCGCCUUCCUCUCUUUGUUCAGAUCCCUUUGACGUGGACUCCGGGCGGGAGUUUGCAAACCUCAACAGACCUGUGGCCAGCACCCGGUAGGUCCUGUGAGUCUACACUUGAGUCAUCACUCAAGUCCAGUUUGCUUCUGGAACCUUGACCCUGUUCCUCCUGCCUUGUGGGUGUGGCUUAAGUGUGAAGCAGCUGCUUGCUGGAAGGGUUUGGGGUCAGAGCGUCCUCUGCUUGAGGGCUUCUAUAGGGUGAGUCUACUAGGUAACCUUGUACUUGGCCUGUGUCUAUACUGUGGUCCAUCCCUCCCUUCCAGUCUGCCUAUGGACACGGAUGACACUGAUGAGUCAGAGGACCACAGUGAGGAUUCUGGGGAGGACAGUGAUGAGUGUGAGGAACAAGGACCUGGUGCUAAUGGAGGGGACAGCAGCUACUCUCAAGCAGAAGAGAUCCCAGAACAAGAGGCUCAGGCCAGAGACUCCACUGAAAUUUGGAAAGGAAUCAAGAAACGACAGAGAGACUGAAGGUUGCAAACAAUAUUAUUGAAGAUGGUGUGCACUAAUCAGAAGUGGCAGUAGGACCUGGGGAUGGACAGGCCUGUUGGGACAAUUCUGGGACAGCCUUGUUUGGAGUCUUGCCUUAGAGCUCUCAAUAAAGCCAAGGAGGUGCCCCCAC